CUGCCCUUUACAAACGCAUCGCGUCUGGGUCUCGAGCUCUCCGCCUAUGAGGAGACACUUCACAAAGAACAUCGACUAGAAAGGGGAGCUGAAAUAAAACAAAGGAAAGGGGGGAAAAAGACAGACAAACUUGUUCCGUUUAGAGAUAUUCUCAUCCACACCAUAUUUUCUUUCUUAAGAAUCGUGGAGUUUGUCUCGAGCGCGCGCGCGCUGGGCUGAGAUGGAGGACAUGAGCGCGCUCAGAUGGAAGUUUUCUCUCCAGACUAGCAAGCAAAGAUCAUCUCAUCGACUGGAUUACGAAACUACAGAAAAACAGCUUUCAAAGCAAAGUAUUAGCGAAAGUGUCCUCCCCUGUGAAGCGGAAAUAUGAUGCUGCGCGUGACAUCUUGUGCGUAAUGGACACAUAACAUCAGGAGGAGGAUCUCAGCACACAGGCUUGUAUUGCCAUAGCAAUGAUUGCAACAGGUGGGGUGAUCACAGGGCUCGCAGCAUUGAAAAGACAAGACUCCGCCCGCUCUCAGUAUCAUCUGCCAAUCCAGAGCCCCACCUCUGCACCUGAGAAGAAAUGCACUAAGCGUAAAUCUAGAGCUGAUGUGGUGGUGGUCAGAGGGAAGAUCAGACUGUAUUCGGCGUCAGGAUUCUUCCUGGUUUUGGGAGUGCUGAUUCUCAUGGCAGGAAUCGCAAUGGCUGUUCUAGGAUACUGGCCUCAUAAGGACCACCAGAAGGCACCAGAAAGCAAGUUGUCCGUGAACAAUAUGCAGGUUGGCGAGGAGAAGGUGGGCUCUAUUGCACAAUUCGUGGAACAGCACCUGCAUUCAGAAAAGAUGAAAAUGUUGGGUCCUUUUACAAUGGGAAUUGGGAUUUUUAUCUUCAUCUGUGCUAAUGCCAUUUUGCAUGAGAACAGGGAUCGUGAGACAAAGAUCAUCCACAUGAGGGACAUGUAUUCGACAGUCAUAGACGUUCACAGCUUGCGAAUUAAGGAGCAGAAGUGUAUGAAUGGUGCUUACAUGGGUCCCUAUGCGGACACAAAGAUCUGUUCCUUUGGUCUGGACAGUCACUUUGCCUCACGGCCCACAGGAAACACACUAAUGUCCUUCUCUGGUCUCGAUGGGGAUGUCCGAUUCUCCCACAGGACCAGCUCGGCUGAGGAUGAGGAGGGUCUAAUGAAUGAGGCCAGAGGUGGAUUAGGCCUGUUGUCGCCUACCUACAAGGAACGUUCUGAAUGUAUCUUUGGGUUCCAAGAUGAGGGUAAUCGUCGGUGGGAGGACAAGCGUGGUGCGCUCAAGAAAUGGCAAACACGCUCCAUUGUUUCCUCUUCCAUCAGCGCCUUCACGCUGCCUGUCAUCAAACUCAACAACUGCGUUAUCGAUGAGCCUGACAUUGAUAGCAUCACAGAAGACUUAGAGCAGAACAGGUUGCACUCCAGAACUCCGUCAAUGGAAUCGUUAACAGUCCCUGUUCCCAACACCGCCAAAGCUUUCAAGCCUCCGGGUGCCCACCUGCUCCGGAGCAACUCAGCCACUGAAUCCCCAAGCUCCACAUCAUCCCAUUCCUCACUGUCUCCUGGAUCCACCAGUGGUAGAUUCUUGUCACCUGGAGCUGCACGUAAAGACUUUGGCUCCAAUAACUCCCUCCACAUGUUAUCAGCCCAUUCCAAAUCUCUGGAUUUAGAGAGAGGGCCCACAAUGCUGACUGUCCAGCCUGAACAGAGGAAACAUCCUAGCUGGCCCAGAUUGGACCGCAGUAAUAGUAAAGGAUACACUAAACUGGAGGACAAAGAGGACCCUAUGGACAGGCUAAUAGUGCCCCCAGUGGCUGUGAAGAAGGACUACACUAAAAAAGAGAAGCUUCUUAUGAUCUCCAGGUCUCACAAUAACUUGAGUUUUGAGCAUGAUGAGUUUAUGAGCAGCAGUCUGAAGAGAGGCACCUCAGAGACUAGAUUUUAAAACUGAGCUAGUGUCAAAUGUCUAUCCAGUGGCUUUUGGCGUUCAUUGCACCUGCUAUACAGUAGACAGUUCUUGCUCAGUAAUGCUGCUUUUUGUGUUGCAGAAUGGUAUUUCACCAUGAAUUUGAAAUACAAAAGCUGUAAUGGUAAAUUAAAGUAUGGGUACAGCAAGUAAUUCGGUAACUGACACAGGUUAGUCAAAUUUGUAAAAAGUGUUUGUAGUGUUUUUGUUAACAUUCAGACAGGAUCUAUUAUCUGUUUGAGUACAGUAUGUGUUGUACCAGCACUGCUAGUUAUUUUACUUCAAAUAAUGUAUUGUUUAAAACACACACACACUGAUAUUUGAGAUAGUACACUGUGUUGAGGACUUCUGUGUGUAAUUUAUAUGUUUCUCAGAUUAAACACAACCUUUCCAGAUAA